AUGUCCAUCAAAGUCGACCCCGUCGACACUAAUUUCACAGUAUUCAUACGCUUACCAUUUCCCAGGGGCGACUUUGUCGACCCGCCGCCUGUGGAAUGGAAUGCAUCCAAAGACCAAGCGCUAUGGGAUAUUCUUUCUCGACCAUCUAAAGGUGACAUAGACUGGAAAGCUCUGGCAGAGAACUUCGAUGUCACCUUGCAGUUUCUUCUUCAGCAGGCGGCAUGGCUCUAUGAUCGCCAGCUGUCGCAGGUUCGAGCUCAAAUGCGCAAGGUCGGCACUACACAGUCGACAUCCCCUUCCCCAGCUCUAGGAUCUGUUUCUGGCAGUGCCGCCUUGAGUGGACAGCCACAGAGAGAAACGCCAGCAACAGGUUCCCGGGCGCCAUCCCGGCAAGUAUCUCAACAGAAAGAUAUCCCUCUACGAGGUAUGGACCGAGACCCUACCCGUCGUCCCCCUGACAACCGACGUACGAGCUUUACAUCGACUACAGCUACUAACCCCGCUCGCGGAUCUCGGGACCCUACACGCACUGGCACGCCAACAACCGACGACAAAGAAUCACGUUGGGAUUCCUUUGGUCGUCGGCCUUCGACUGUGAGACGAGAACAGCCACCCGUCGCGCCUUUGCCCCGAUCCCCACCACUCGAGGAAGAGCCUCUAUCCUCAAGCUCCUCGGAAGAAUCAGGGUCCGACGAUGAGGACACAACCAGACGUGCACCCCUGUUUAAACGGUUUGGCAAAUUUUCUACCCAGCGCUCUGGUCUUCGGGAUGACGAGGACGACGAAGAAGAUACUCCAGCAUUUCUCCCCCUAUCCCGAGAACACGAGCAUACCCAUCGGGGGCACCCAGUCCAGGAACUCAGCGCUACCCUGCGAUUAGAUGCCGAGCGAGCAGCGUCGCAACGCCGACAUCCCGAGCAGCGUGGUCCCAGGGUACCGGUUCCUACGGAGUCAUCCACCAGUUCUAUAAGCUCAGGCGGGCGUAGCAGCCUACCAGGUGCGCCCAGACGGACCAGCCAAGGGGCACCGAUACUCAGCCCUCAGAGCGCUGCCGAGCGCCAAAAUUCGCGCAAGUCCACCGCCUCCGGUCGCGAAGCUAGCGAUGGUACCCCCAGCAUGGGAAGCAGCUUCAGUGACCUCGACGGUAUGUGUCCCAAACCCGAGGAUUCUGGAUUCCAACUGAUCGAAUGGUCAGAUGCAAGUGUCACCCAGUCAGCGCUGGAGGAAGCCCUUCUAAGUAACAUGCAGCAUGGUGGAAUGGCGAGUCGGAUGAGUACCAUCAGUCAAGCCUUGCGCAGCCGGUAUCUGCAGUGA